AAGGGGAAGAGAGGGAGAUAGAGACAAAUAGACAGACAGACAGAGAGGAAGAGGAAGAAAGAGAGAGCAAGGAGAGUGAAGAAGUUGAACAAUGUAUGGCAGCGAUAGGAAUACCUUUAGCUCUCCACCUUAUCAAUUGUCAGAGUUCCUCGUUGAUUAAUUUAAAAGUCAGAGGAAAACUAUUCGGAUGUCUGACGUAUACUAGCAAUAGUAAUAGUAAUAGUAGUGAUAGUAGUAGUGAUAGUAGUAGUAGUAGUAGCAGUAGUAGUAGUAGUAAUAGUGGUGAUGGUAAUGGUAGUAGUUUCCUGGACGUUCGAUUUAUAAUCCAGAAUGAGAUUCAACGAGUGUACGUGACACCUUUGUUCGAAGAAAAACAGAACUUCGGCGUGGAGAGGGGUGCCGGUGGUGGUUUAACGGGAACCGGAGGUGGCGUGGGAGGAGGAUUGGGAGAGAGCAAACUCGGUGGGACGUACGGAGGAAGUGGUAGAGGAGGAGGAGGAGGAGGUGGAGGAGUUUAUGGUGGUGGAACGUGCUUGGGUCUUGGAAACCGUUACGGUAUAACAAGAGUUCCUGGUCAAUCAGUGAUACCAGGACGUGGACCGAUAAGACGUAGCAAGGAAUUUGGCUACUUUCCGUCGAUGGGCGAUCACGAGCAUCAGAGUUUCGGGUAUCGAACUCAUCUCUUCCUAUCGCCGCCCACAGGUGGACCGCUCGGUGCACCACUCGAUCCCGAUGCCGGCGAACGACUGGGGCCGUCGCCCCGCCGUAACUCUGGGCCGCAUGUUAUCAAGUGGGGAGGUGGUGGGGCUAACUCCGGUACAGCGCAAGGCCCAGCCUCGGCCAAUCAGAUCAAAAGGAAGCAGAAUCAGCAAUCGAAGGAGCCGUCCGAGCCGCCAACGCCAACUGCCUCUAGACAGGUGUCCUUUAGCGGCAAUAGAUCUUCCGGUACCUAUACACCCCUCGUUGUAUCCGGUAAUAGUCCACCACGUGGUGAACCGAUCUCCCUGGCAACAUUGGAUCGAGACUGCUUCAUUAUACCACUUGCGUCAUUGGAAAGAUUUUUACCAGCUGGCGUACCGAGCGCACCAAUAGCGGACAAGAAAAGAUCGGGCAGCCCGCUGUCGAUUCUCGAGGUCGAGGACCCAAAGCAAUGUGUUCUUGUCCAUUUCAUGACACCGUUGGAACCUUUGGAUCCAUUGGUAGAGUCUCCUGUUUCACGGCCUCUCGUAUUGCAACGCGAUACCGCCGCGGAACUCGUCGCUGAAAUAGCACCUUCCGCCUCCCAAAGUAUUUUACUCACAAACAUGGAAAAGAACGCGGAUUUCCCGUUCAUAACGUACUAUCUAAUAAAUAAGCAGAACACGGAUCCCCUCGAUUUUUACAACGAAGUUCAAUGUGCGGCCUUGAGGAAGUUCGAUCCGCGUGACCUCAGAUACGCGGCCAGCCAUACUUUGGAUCUGUUCAACGAAGUAGCGACGAUAGCAAGACCACCGUUGGAACCACCCGGUGGGAGACCACCUAUUCCGUCCACCGGCUACAUAGUCUCGAUCUUCAAAGUGUUCGAGGGUGACGACGGUCUCAAGUUUGAACAAAAUUGGCUUUAUUGGAGUGGUGCCCGAAUGAUGUAUCGAUAUCUACCAAAAUCGGUCGGCCUAAGGCGUAUAACCCUUCACAAGUCGAUGUCCCAGGGUGACAAGAUGUAUCUACUAAUCUGCGAAUGUUCACAACUGCAAGACAAUCUAUCCGCAGCGGCGAUAUUGCUGCCGGCAUUGCGCGCCCGAUUAUGCGGAUACAUCGGCCUUUACAGGCCCUCCGUAUGCUUCUGAUUUCCUCAGAAAUGCUCGACGUUGUAUAUCGUACGCAGGGACGUGACUAGGUGAGAUUAAAAAAAAAAAAAGAAAAAGAAAAGAAAAAAAAAAAGAAAGGAAGAAAAAAGAACAUAAAAAAAACACAAAAAUCAAAAAUAAAAAAGGAAGAAAGAAAAUUAUCGAUGGAUUAUCGGUUUAUAGGCUCUGCGUAUAAAAUAAGAACGAUCGAAUAUUUCGAUAAACUUGAAUCUCUCUCUCUCUCUCUCUCUCUAUCUAUCUAUCUCUAUUUCUAUUUCUAUUUCUAUCUAUAUUUUUCUAUUUGUCUAUCUCUUUUUCUCUGAUAGAUCUUUAUCAAUUUUGUCUAAAAUAUUGCUAUGAUGUUAUCGAAGUUAUACGAAGCUAUCUCUCGGUAGUAUCUUUAUAUGCUAAAUAAAAACAUAUACAAGCGUUCAUCGUCGGUAUAUUUCACAAUUUUUCUAGGAUACUAAAAAUUCUUUUCUUUUUUUUUUUUUUCUUUUUUUUUUGCUAGAAACUUAUCCGAUUUUUCAAAAAUCGUUCGAGAGAAUGUAGAGAUGAGAUCCAUAGUUGAAGAUAUUUCUUAUAAAAAAAAUCGUCUUUGUCGCACCGUCGGGUAAAUCGAAUGAAAAAGAAACAGAGAGACAGAGAGAGAGAGAGAGAGAGAGAGAAAGAGAGAGAGAGAGAGAGAGAGAGAGAGAGAAAAGAAUGUAACAUUGAAAAAGAUUUUUCGAUGCGCUAAAAAAAGAAAAAAAGGUGGAAGGAAAAAAGAAAAAAGAAAAGGAAGAAAAAAGGCGUAGAAAAUCAAUACUUCGCACGUAUUCGCUUCGGACGAAAUUUGAGGUAAAAAAAAAAAAAAAAAAAAAAAAAAAAAAAGAAAGAAAAAAAAUCUCAAUCUCUAUCGUCUGCGCUCGCCUAGUUUUACGCCAACUGGCCAUUUGUAUUUUUCGAUUUUAUAACAUGAUCAUAGAGAGCAAUAUCAUUAAUCGGCUGAUUCGCGUUCGUCUCGUCGAACUACAAGCUGAUUAUCUUGAACGCAUAUACGUAUAUAUAUAUAUAUAUAAUUGACAAUUAUACGGGGGAAAUAAAAAAAAAGGAAGAAAGGAAGAAAGAAAGGAAGGAAAGGAAGAUGGAGAAAAAUGAAAAAAAAAAAAGAAAAAAAAGAAAGGAACACUUUUAUUACUACCGAUUUAACACGCUAAUAUUAACAUAUCAUACUCGAUAAACUGUGAUACUCGAACGGGCAACGGGAUAUAUCACAAUAAACGAUAGGCGUAGAGAAUCUCUUCUUUUCGAAUUUAUCUUCGGAAAAAGAAAAAAAAGAAAGAAAGAAAAAGAAAUGAAGAAAAAGAAAAAAGAAAUCGCGCUAAUAAAACAUGACACUAAUAGACGUGCGCAUUAGACAUCACGUAGGAAAGCUCGAACGAAAAUUUAGAUAUAAAUCGUGAGCAUUUUUAGAAGAACACCGAUAUUUAAUUAAUUAACAUUAAAUAUUCGGCUUUAUAUACAUUAUUAUCAUUAUGAUCGAGAUAAUAAAGUAUACUCGAGGAUCCUGGGGGAUUAUGAUCGACAAAAUGGCGCGCCACAACGCCAUUACACUAUUGACGGUCAUAUAUCCAAGCGAAAUUUAAAUAAUUCCUUCCUCGUACUUCGAAUCAUAACACGCCUGUCUCUUAUCGCUCAACAAAAAUAAAAAUCAAUAAAUAUAUAAAUAAAUAAAUAAAUAAAUAAAUAAAUAAAUAAAUAAAUAAACGAGGUGGGAAGCUUUUAAAGAGAACAUUUUUUUAGGGGCGUACCUACUUACGUAGUCUUUUUAGACGAAAUAAAAGUAGUCGUAAGUCGGCAUUGUAGUACAAAAGAUUUUAAAAGAAAAGAAAAAAAAAAAAAAAAAAAAAUAAAAAUAACGUAUAGUCAAUAUACGCUUGUUGCAUACUGACAAUAGCUAGGACGAGUUGCGCAGGCGCGGUUCGUCAAACAUUAUCUUAGAUUUUUAUUAAGGCUCCGAUUUAAGGAUAGAGUGGGGAAGGGGGAUGAUGAUGAUGAUGAUGAUGAUGAUGAUGGGAGGAGCGGGGAAGAAAGAAAAACUACAACCACGGAGAAAUAAAAAAAAAAAAAAAAGAAAAAAAGAAAGAAAAGAGUGCGGAGAAAAUAUGCGGAACAAGAACAAGCCCCUUAACUUUUAAGGUUAAAAUUUGACUUUACUGUGAUCAUAUGCGUCGUUUAGUCGUUCAUCGGCACGAUUAACGCACUUCGAGAUCAAGAUAAUUCUCAUACUCGAUCCAUUCGUGUCGAUGAAAUAUCGACAGUAAGAGAAGAAAUUGGAGAAAUAACGUUGUAAUUCGGGUUUCCUCUCGGCUGCACGAUUUUGUUAAUAAAAAAAAAAAUAAAAAAAAAAAAAACUAGAAUGGGGAAAAAAAAGGAAACAAAUAAAAAAGAAAAAAAAAAAAAGAAAAAAGAAAGAAAGGAAGACGAAGGGGAGUCACUACUUGCUUCGAAAACGGAGCAUCGCCACUUUUUCAGGGUUUCACAUGAGCGAUUUUACUGAUAAAUUACGAAACUUUUCUUAUAAUCUAUCUAUAUCUAUCAAUAAUCUCUUCUUUUGAUUGUCAUUCCUUUACCAAGAGAAAAAAAAAAGAACAAAAAA